UGUGGAGCGACCGUGGCUUCUCCUGCUGAGUGCUUCGUUCGAGCACUGCGCCUACCGCGACCAACCUGACCGGCCAGCCGCCCCGCCGUCGUCGCCGUCCACCGCCGCAGCUUGUCCGGUGCGAUCGCGCGAGGAAGAGAGGGAGGGAGAUGAGGAGCAGCGAGGCCAUGGAGCUCCUAGGCUUCGCUCCCUACUCCCGCCCGUCCCCUUCCGAGGUGAAGGCUGCGUAUAGAAGAAUGGUCAUGGAGUCCCAUCCCGAUCGUGUCCCGACGCAUGAGAAGCCUCAAGCGGAGUCAAAAUUCAAGCAGAUAGUAGAAGCAUAUUCUUGUUUGAAGGAUGGUCGAAGAUUUGGGAACAGAAUGGAAGUACAUGUAAUGAGGUCUGGCGUUCCAACGGGAUACGGAAGAUCAAACAAGACGUUGGUUAAAGCCCCCUUUCUGCUCAUAAUUUGUGCCGCAGUUUCUUUUGGUUCCUACAGCGCUUCGAGGGCAUACCAGCGGCAAAAGGAAGUGUGUUCCUCUCAGAACCCUUUUCUUCCAUAGUGGAAAUCCAUUGUACUGUCGAUAUCCACAUAUAUAUAAGCUAAUAGAAGAGAAGAUCGGUGUGUUGCAAUUUGAGAUGCAAAACAAUCUCUGCACUGAAUAAAAGCACCAAUCACUGUUUGUGAUUUCGAAGAAAA